AUGAAUUUGUUACACAGAAAGACUGCUGAUUCGGUCAGUCAAACUACUAAAGCUAAUUCGUACAAAGCUGAUUCUAAUAGAUCAAGUUUAGUACAUUUAUACGGUUGGAAUCAACAGAAUGCAUUACUAUCUAUGUAUUGUAAACCAAUAUGUCGACCAAAUGGUCCAGGUAUUGGAGGUGGUGGGAAACCUGAUCGAUUCAUAUACCAAAAACAAACAAGAAUCGGUAAAGAAUACAAAUUCUAUCAUUAUGAUGAUCCAAAUGCUUAUAUACUACAGUAUAGACGAGAUUGUACACUGACUUCAAGUAGUAAAGAUAAUUAUGAUAAAGGACCAUUAGAAAAUGUCAACAAGUCAGUAGUGGAUGGAAUAAACAAGUUAGAAAAUGAUAAUAACUAUUAUACCUACAAUAAAUCGUUGAUAAAAAGAAAUACUUCUAUUCGUAUGAUAAUAUUGAAACCAUCUGAAUUAAGAAUCAGUCAAUCUAAUUUUCUAGAUAGAAACUUUAUGCUUAACCUUCAACUAUCACUGAUCAGAAAGAAUAAUAAGAUGGAUGUGAAAUUAGUCAUUGAAACAGAGACGAAGAAUUCCGUAUUUAAUGACAAUGAAUUAGUGUCAUAUUUGUCACCGCCUUGGGCAUAA